AACCCGAUAAUCAGUCGAACAGUCCAUGCUGAGACUUCCGGUAGUGGCCUGUGGAAAUUUUUUAUCGAGAAGAUCUUUAUUUCUAGUUGGUUUCUCUCGUUUUCAUAGAAUUAGCAUGGAUCUUCCGGGAUUCAAAUUUCAAUACGAUUUUAAAUUAAAUUCGGAAGAAAUACUAAAGAGAACUGAUGAAUUAAUCGUAAGAAUACGUAAAAUAUAUGACCAGGUUGGUGCUCUCGCCCAUGAUAAUCUCAGCUGCCAAACUGUCCUCAAGCCUAUUGCUUAUGCAGAAAGUGAAAUGCAAACUGAGGGAUCUUUGUAUACAAUUCCAAAAGAAGUAUCAACCGAUAAGGAAAUUAGAGAUGCGAGUAACGAAGCAAAUCGUAAAUUAAAAGAAUUUGACGUUGAAAUAAGUAUGCGACAAGAUAUCUUUGAGAAACUACUCUCUUUAGAAGCAAAGAAUGAAGCACUGGAUUCAGAAUAUAGUCGGUUUCUACAAAAAUUGAUAAAAUAUGGGAAGAGACAUGGAUUACAUUUAUCACCAACAAUUCAAGAAAAGAUAAAAUCAUUAAAAUCUGAAAUAAAUAAUCUUUGUAUUCAGUUUUCCAAAAAUGUGAAUGAAGAAAAUACAGUUUUAGAAUUUUCAGAUGAAGAAUUAAAUGGAUUGCCUGCAGAUUUUAUUCAAAAUUUAACAAAAAGUGAAACAGGUAAACGAAAAGUUACCUUGAAAUAUCCUCAUUAUUUUCCAAUUAUGCGUAAAGCAAAAAAUCCUGAAACAAGAAGAAAACUAGAAUAUGCAUUCAAUGCAAGAUGUAUUGAUGAAAACACUGUCAUUUUAGAAAAAGUGGCUGAAUUGCGACAUGAGAUAGCAGUGUUGCUUGGAUUUCCUAAUCAUGCAGCUUUUGUGACAGAUUUGAGAAUGGCCAAAACUGCAGAAACUGUACACAAUUUUUUAACUCAGUUAGCAUUAAAAUUAGAUCCUGUUUGGAAAGAAGAGAGAAAAUUUAUUUUGGAACUUAAGAAAAAGGAGUGUGAUGAAUUAGGCAUUCCUUUUGAAGACAAAUUGCAUCCUUCAGAACUCCACUAUUACAAUAAUAUGGUUAAAGAAAUAAAAUAUUCUGUUGAUGAAAAUAAAUUACGUGACUACUUUCCUUUGCCUGUAGUAACGAAAGGAUUAUUGAAUAUUUAUCAAGAACUUUUAGGUUUGGAAUUUGCUGAAAUUAAAAAUCCUGUAGUGUGGCACCCUGAUGUUCAAUUAUUUAGUGUGAUUGAUGCUGAAAACAAAAACUUGCUAGGUUACUUUUUCUUAGAUUUAUUUCCAAGAGAAGGAAAAUAUCCUCAUGCCUGUGUGGCUCCAUUGCAACCUGGAUGUUUACUAGAUGAUGGAAGCAGACAAGUUGCUGUAGUAGUAAUGUUAGCAAAUUUUACUAAACCAACUGAAGAGAAUCCAUCUUUAUUGGAUCAUAAUGAAGUUGAAACAUUUUUCCAUGAAUUCGGUCACAUAAUGCAUCAGCUUUGUGCAGUGGUAAACAUAUCACAUUUUAGUGGAACGAAAGUAGAACGUGAUUUUGUAGAAGCUCCUUCGCAAAUGCUUGAAAAUUGGUGCUGGGAACCAGAAACUUUACGACGAAUGUCUGGACAUUAUAAAGAUGGAAGCCCUUUACCAAAUGAUAUUCUACAGUCUCUCAUACAUUCACGUUUAGCUAAUGUUGGUUAUUUUAACUUGCGUCAGAUAACUUUAGGAUUGCUUGAUCAUAAAAUUCAUACUGGUCCAAAAGCUGAUACAAGACAGAUUUUUCAUGAUUUGAGUUGCUCACUUCUUGAUGUUCCUCCAACUGAAGGAACAAACUUUGCUGCUCAUUUUGCACAUCUGACUGGUGGAUAUGAUGCACAGUAUUAUGGCUAUUUAUGGAGUGAAGUUUAUAGCAUGGAUAUGUUUAUGACCCGUUUCAAAACUGAAGGUGUCAUGAAUCCACAGACUGGUAAAGACUACAGAUAUAAAAUUUUAGCACCUGGUGGGACAAAGGAUGCAAUUGAUAUGCUGAGAGAUUUCUUGGGAAGAGAGCCUAAUGAUGAAGCAUUCUUGAAAAGCAAAGGAUUGAAAGUUUAAAAGAAAAGAAGUCUAACUUGAGUUUUUUGUUACAUUUUUAAAUAUUUACUAAGGCCUGAUUUUAAUUGUAUUGAGUGGAUAACAUGGGGAUUUACUACCAAAUUUAUAACAACAAUCUAUUCUCACUGAACCAAAUUAGAACACACUUUUGCCAAAAACAAUCAUUUAAGAAUUGCAUCAAUUUUGCAGUUUAUCAUUUGAAAAUAGGACAAGAAAGGAUGAUCAGUUCAUUACUAUAUAGCAGUGAUUCUCAACCCCUGUGCCACGAGAUUUUUGAAAUGUGCCGCACUGCAAAUACCUAUACAUAAGCGACAUCAGACAAAUAGUUCAAUUGGUUCUACCUUCCUAGGACACGAUUGGAAAUUGUAAUCUGUAUUACUGGUAACUGCCAAUAGUUACCAAAGCAUUUAGAAAAUGUGACCUAAAUAACCAACUGCAUUUAAAAAUCAGUUAUGACAUCACCAGUUGUCCUAUGGUACUUACUGAAGUAACCAUGUGUGCCGCCAAAUUUUUAAAUUAUUAAAAGUGUACAGUGAAGAAAAAAAGGUUGAGAAUCACUGCUAUACAGCAAAAAUUAAUUAAAAAGUUCUUAAGAAAGUUUUGAUAAAAUUCUGUAAUUUUUUUUUUAUUUCAAACAUGUAUUCUUCCAUUUAUAACUUUAAUACAUCAUUAGGUUUUUUGUUUUGUCAAUAAAUAUGUUAUUGAAAUUUAAUAUUUCAGUUUUAGCUAGAUUAAUUUAAGCAAUGACAGAAUGAAAGUAGGAUAUCAAAAAACUUUUAAACUGAAGCAGUCAUAAAUUUAAUGAAAGUUGUCUUUGUUCUCUCUAAAAUGGUUCUUCCAAUUUUCAAAUGAAUAUUAAUUAUUAGGAAAGAACUCUGUGAUAUUAUUAUUCCAGUUUUAUCAUUUCAACUAUAUUCCUUCUUCCUUCUAUUUGCUAUUUUUAGUGAAUUCUGAUUAUAAAUUUUAAAAAUGAACUAAUUAAAAAAUAUUUCUUUAUUGAUAAAUACAAUACAACUGUAGUUUUAUUUUGAAUUUCAAAAUAGUAUCAUUAAUAAUUUUCAAUAUAAUACGAGAAUUAUUUAAAAUUCAAAAUAUAUAUUACUUAAUUUAAAAGUACCAGUUGAGUAAACACAUACAAAGUACUGUAAGCUGCUUGGCUGAUUGACUUUGAAUAUAGUUUUGGCUUGUUAUUGUUGUUUAAAUUAAAUGUUGCACUAACUGAAAUGCUUAAAACAAAAAAUUAUAUAAAGAAGAAAAGUUACUGAAAGCAGAAAAUGAUUUAGGAUAUUUAUAUAUAAUUAUAUAUAUUUAUUCUUUGGAAACAUUGUUUAGUUCAAUUAGUUCAAACAACUGCAACAGCAUCUCUCAAGUGCUCAAAUUAUAUUUCUCAUGAUGCAGCAGAGCAAUAACAGGCAUGGCAAAACUCCUUGCUUAACUUUUUGACCAACCUUUUUAUUUGUUUACUCUGUAGAUAAGUUUUAUUAAAUUAAUCUUUUGUUAUUAUUUAAUUAAUUUGGUUGUAUCUUCUCUGUAAUAUCUAUAAUACAUCAGAAAUCAUCUCUGUACUGCUAUUGUUGAGUGAUAUCAUGGGCAAUGUUAAAUAGUUGAAAUGGAAACUGGAGGAAUUUUGAACUUGAUGCUGAUAUAAUAAUAAAAAUUGGAGUGUUUUCAUAAUAACUGAACUCUUGCUAUCAAUAUUCUGUCCAUAUCAUGCAAUGAGAAUCAGGCCUAAUUGUUAUAACAUUGCCAAAUUCAUUAUAUACAAUUAAAUUUUAUAAUUUUACAUGCAAAAUUUUUUCUUUGUUUGUAAUUAACAGAUCUCGAUCGUUACUAAUAGUAGCAGGAAUUUUGUAGUAGAGACGUUGAUUAUGCUUACACUUUUUAAUAUUUAUCGGUCUUGAGCGAUGAUAUAUUUCUGUAAUUUUAUUUAUAAAAAUUAAUGAAAUUGAUUUAAAAUUUUUACAAGAUUAUAGAAAGUGACAUUUUACAAUGUAAAGAAUGCAGAUAUUUGUAUACAAAUUUUGUUCUUGAAAUAAAAUUUUUCAGAAAUGAGA